CUUCACUUUAUCCAAAAAAAAAGGGAAAAACCCCUAAAAACCUCAAUAUAGAACCCCACAAAACCUCAACUCAUUUUCGCGCUUUCCCUUCCCAACCAAAAAUAAAUAAAAAUAAAAAAUUCAAACACAGUAGCAGUAUUUAGAAGUAGAAGAAGAAGAAAGCAGAAGUUAUGGCGUACAGUGGCGGAGCCAUGGGUGCGCCAAUGGCGGCGGGUCCAGCAUCGUCGUCGACGGUGAGGCAAUUCAAAUUGGACAAAGAGUGCGAACUGAGAAUCGAAGUCAGUGACGCCUCGCCUCUCCGUCUCCGCCUCCUCAACGGCACCGCCGAGAUUUUCGGCUCCGAGCUCCCACCGGAAAUCUGGCUCACCUUCCCUCCCAGACUCAAAUUCGGCGUUUUUACUUGGUACGGAGCCACAAUUGAAAUGGAUGGUACUACAGAACUUGUUUAUACUGCAGACGAGACGCCCAUGGUUAGUUAUGUAAAUGUUCAUGCUAUUCUGGAAGGGCGAAGAAAUCGUGCAAAAGCAUCGCCAUCUAAUGACUCUGAUUCAUCUCAGGGUCCUAGGGUGAUUGUUGUGGGACCUACAGAUUCUGGCAAGAGUUCCUUAUCAAAGAUGCUUCUUAGUUGGGCAGCUAAACAGGGUUGGAAACCUACUUAUGUGGACUUGGAUAUUGGACAAGGAUCUAUUACAAUUCCUGGAUGCAUAGGAGCCACCCCAAUUGAAAUGCCAAUUGAUCCAGUGGAAGGAAUUCCUCUUGAUAUGCCCCUUGUCUACUUCUUUGGGCAGACAACUCCUAGUAACAAUGUAGAUUUGUACAAAGUUCUUGUUAAGGAGCUUGCUAAAAUACUGGAGAGACAGUUUGCUGGCAAUGCUGAAUCUCGAGCUGCAGGAAUGGUGAUCAAUACCAUGGGAUGGAUAGAAGGAUUAGGCUAUGAGUUGCUUCUACAUGCAAUUGAUACAUUCAAUGCCAAUGUUGUCUUGGUCUUGGGUCAGGAAAAACUUUGGAGCAUGCUUAGAGAUGUCAUGAAGAACAACAAGCCUAAUGUUGAUGUUGUGAAACUUCAAAAGUCUGGUGGUGUCGUUAACAGGAAUGCCAAGUUUCGUCAGAAGGCCAGGAGUUAUAGGAUAAGGGAAUACUUUUACGGCCUUACCAAUGAUCUCUCUCCACAUUCUAAUACUGCAAGUUUUAAUGACUUUUUGGUCUAUCGAAUUGGAGGUGGGCCACAGGCCCCACGUUCAGCACUGCCAAUUGGGGCUGAGCCAGCUGCAGACCCGACAAGAUUAGUACCUGUCAGUAUCAACCCGGAUUUGCUCCAUGUAGUUCUUGCUGUCUCGUUUGCCAAAGAACCUGAUGAAAUAAUUUCAAGUAAUGUUGCUGGCUUUAUCUAUAUCACAGACAUUGACAUGCAAAGGAAGAAAAUUAUAUACCUUGCACCGUCUGCAGGAGAUCUUCCAAGCAAAUAUUUGAUAGUGGGAAACCUGACAUGGCUUGAAACCUGACUGAUUUACAACUAGUAGCCGUAGGUUUUUUUUUUUCAGGGGGGGGGGGGGGGGGGUGUUGGGGGGGUAUUAAUAGCAUGUUUCUUUUGCUUUACUGAUCAAUUGCAAGGAAAACAAAGGGUCCAAAUACCUUCCUACUUCACAUUUAGUAUUAUCUCCUGAGAGCUUCUUCUAGUCUAGUGAUGCACUCUCUUAUUGUAACAACUCUCUUUUUUGGUAACAAACGCAUAGAUUAAUAGAAACUCUUUAUCCAGUAAGUUUGAUAUAAA